AUGUCGGGCAAGCAUACUGGUACGUAUGUCAACACAGAUAGCAAACACGAAGGCGCCAACAUGACGUUCAGAUCUACGUUCCUUCCCCGUCUCUCACUGUCCCGUUCCGAAAGCCCCGGCAUCCCUUUCCACAACCCAAUAAGCCCCACCAUCCGCAAGAAGCCGAGCGAGUACGAUAUGGAUGACCUGUCACCACGACCUGAUGACAGCUUGUUACCCUCCGAGGGCUCCCGACAUCGCAGACAAAUCUCGCCAUCGAUCGACCAUAGCACGAGCGAUCGGGCUAGUAGUGUUGGUUCGGCUUCCAAAUCCAAGCCCAACGCCCCGGUUCUCUUCCACGGUCCUCCUCCCCCCGUCGCCACGUCCCGGAUACUCUAUAGGGAUGAGGAAGAGCCACAGUCAUACCGCCCGUUUGACACAGCGGCAUCUAUUGCUCGGAAUGUUGGCAGCGUACUAUUCGACCGCCAGGACGGCUCCUCAGCCCACACAAGAGGGCGUGAUGCGGUAAAAUACAACGAGUAUGAGCCGGAUGCAGUGUGGCGCAACCUUCACCACCGGGAACGCCAGCUUCAGAAGGAGCUCCAGAAUAUCCUGGAUGUCCAGUCAGCGUGCCUAUCAGCCCAAGUUGGGAGAGCAGGGUCUACAGGAAGCCCUCAGGCCAGUGAUGCAAGCACCACCCCUACAAGCACAUUACACGCUAGCACCACUUCCAUGUCUACAGCACGCCAGGUAAGCUUUGCUCAGACUACAACAACACACACGGGACAAGUGAUACCGGUGAGACAACCCAAGAAGAAGCGUCCGUCUAUACGCGAAGCUCGCACAGGACUUGCUAGGCACAUGACACUCCUGGCAGAUCUAAAAGCAGAGGAGGACGCCAAUCUGACUGCCGCUCUGUCAACGAGGAAGCGUGCUCUUGCCCAGCUGCGGAAGCUAUGCCGGCAACGGAAGGAGAUCACCGGCGAGUUGGAGAAGAUCGAACAAGAUGAAGAGGAGCCUCUUGCACAGGAGAUCAGGGAGCUGACAGAAGAACGGAGUAAUGUGGUAAGUGAGAUAAAAGAGUUGGAAGAGAGGCUGGUUGGGUUGCGGAACAGAAAAAGGUACCUGGAUGCCAAGGUGGCCGAUGUGGAGAGCAAGAGGGACGCAGGUCUGAGUGGCUAUCGUGGGGCUCUGAAGGAUGUGGAUGGGAACCUGGGCGGGAUCCUGACGAGACCCAGUGUCAAACCACUGGACUUGGAGGGUGUGAUUGGGCCUGGUCAACCAGUGGAUAGGGGAUCGCAUUUAUCAGGAUUGGAGUUUCUGAGGCUAAGACCGGAGAGGAGGACGCCUGAGAUGGCCAAGGAGUGGUGGGAGGGCGAGGUUGCAUUGCUCACGGCGAGGAAAGCUGAUGUUGAUAGGGAACGGUUAGCCUUGGAAGAGGGUGUGGAAGUGUGGAGGGAGACGUUGCAAUUGGUGGACAAGUUUGAGUUGAGCGUGGCAGCGGUAAUGAAACACUGGGCAGGCAAACACGAUAACGACGAGGCGAAUCGGGAGUGGGUCAAGGCCAUGUCGGACGUGCUUGGUGACAUGAAGGGUGUCAUAGCUGAUAUGGAGGGGAAGCUCCGGUUGGUGGAGGAGAAUGGGUGGAAUCUCUUGAUCUGUGCCAUUGGCGCCGAGGUGGAGGCACUCGAGCUCGCAAAAGGACUCUUGGUGAAGGGAUUACGAGCCGGCGGCUUGGAAGUACAGGACGGUUCGGACGACGAGAGGGAUGUGGACGGAGAGGGGGGCUCGACACCGCAUCUGGGGAGGUCAAUCUCUGGUAGCUCAGGGUUACAACGCUCCGCCAUCCGCUUCAAGUCGUCGUCGUCAUCAUCAUCUGAAUCAGCCGAGGGAAAGAACCUCGUUGGCGUGCACGGUGUCGAGGAUGGGCACAGAACUGAGGAGAGUGACAAUGAGGUGCCUCCUGACUUGCUGGUGUCUUCGUCGACUGCUGGCGCCAGGGACGGAUUGGAUCGUACGUGCAGCAGAGAGAGUACUUUGAGCGAGAAUGAGGUCCCCCCCGAGUUCUUGGCGGAGCAUGUAUGAUCAGCAUGGUGCCGAAGCACUUCUGUACGAAUGAGGCCAGGGAGCAUUGGAUUCACACAUUGCAUGUUGAACUGUUGGGCGUGUAUCACGGUUAUGGAUGAACGCAGCGUGGCUUGACAACUGUUUGGUCUUUUUGCUUUUUCUACUUCGUGAAGUGUUGGAUGCAUCGUUUGUUGCUAGAUCAUGAUCUGGAAGGGUAGCUCCUAUCAGGGUUCUCUUUCGCUCAUAUCAGUCUGCUCAACGGCUCUCAAGUUAUGCUGCAUUGGACGACAUCCAGACCUCAGUGACGUUGCGGAUGCAAUCUGUUUUCAUGCUGCACCACUUCAUCAAUCCAUGAGAAGGAUCGAAGCGAGUUCAGCUCCUCGCUGAUGAGUCCAAGGGAGAUCAACUAUUCGCUUGGCUGUUGUAAUGGGACGCGUACGCAUGGCAACACAUCUGAGAUCCAACUAGCAGAGCAAGUAGACGCAAGAUGAGGCACAACGACACGAACAGCUUUGUUUCACUUGUUUUGAUGAGACAUUUGAGCGGCGACGACGGCUUCAUAACGGCCGUGCAACUGUGGCGGCGGCUAUGGCGCACAUAUAGUAGGGGCGGACCCGGAGUCAGCGAAAAAUCACUCCGUCUCCGACUUCACCUCCCCAACUCCCAUCGGCCUCAACACUCCAACAUGAAGUUUAUCUUCGUCUGCGACAGCGGUGAAUUCGACCAUGAUUGCGACUCUGGAGACGCAAUCAAGUGGGCGAUGAGACGGGUAUAACCUGUUUGAUUUUGUCAGAUAAUUCACACGGACAUCACGGAUGUCUGGCGUCAUCACUAGUCGUGCUGUCUGUACACUCGUCAACUACGAUUUGGUCCGUCUCCGACAUCUCACACGACAAAUCUUGGAAUGCAGACUUUGGCUUCAUUCUCGUAGAAGUUCGCGAUGACGCAGGACGGUGGAAAGGGCGGCGGAGAGAAUCAUUCAUGUCUGAAUCCCCCAAGCUCAACACGGACAUCGCGGAUGUCUUUAUGCAUCUUUGUUGGGGAGGGAACCGGCGAGGGCGGCACGUCAAACCUUUGAUGGAGGCUACUACUAUAUGCCUUGAUGCUCAUACAGUGAGUGAGACCAUGAGGCAUAGCAACAUACCUGAUCGUGUGUUUUCAUCACGAGGUAUACAGAUGGCUUGUCGUCGAUGGAGUCUACUGUCUUGGCUUCGCCAAUGGCGUACUGCAAAACAAUGGAUGUUUGUGAAAGGUGAAAGGCAAGCCACAAGAAUGUUCGCCUAUCUCGGCCAUGUACAUCAAGAGAUGUUACCUUGUCAUUGCGACCUACAUUACGGAUAUUGUGGCUUCCCAAAGUGGUCACAUCAGGCUUGAUAUUACUCCUCGCUGUCGCUUGAGAUGACGGAGAGCGCUCUCUGUAGUCUCACUUUUGGAGACUUGCUCCCAGCGGUCAUCGGCGGUGAUGGCAGCGGCUCGAGCGGCAAAGCAAAGCCAAAGUGAGGCUGUCAUGAACAAACGCCCGUCUCAACCAAAGAUGUCACAACCGGCUACUCCGCUCUUUUUAUGGGGGUGUGUCUGUAUGGGGUCCUACAGCGGGCAGGCAUGACGUUGUGUAGAGCGGGAAGGUGGAGGGAUCUCCGCCUCCCGCACCUGUUCCUGAAUCUCUCACCAGGCCGUUGGAAAGACCGGUUGCGCGCCGUAUGAAGACAUGACGAUGUCGAUGUACAUGGCUGUGACAUGACAUGUCGGCCUGCCCGAAUUCUUGGUUCCAUGCUCGAGAACUUGGUUCAAACGACGCUCUGAAUAGAUGACAUGACGUCGUCAUCAAGCUUCGCCCUCAUUUUGAUUUCAGCAACCAUAGCCCCCUUGCGAUUCAGCACAAACGGGCGUGUUGUGAAGCAGGUCACACCUGACCAAAGAUUGCAACCCUAUAUACGCCCGACUUACGACCAAGGAGACAUCGCAAGAAGCACGCGGCAUGAUAUCCCGCAUGCUCUCGUCCAACCAGGCCCCGCUGCCGCUCAUGCAUCAAACGUACGCGUGGCCGGCCUCACCUGAUCUUGGUCUGGGGAUUGGUCAAUGGGCCAGUGGCAGCGAGAAAGGACCGAGAUAUUGGUCCGGAACUUGCCGUCUGGGAUAGGUUUGCUGGAUGGUUGAGGUAUGUAUGUACAGUACCUUGAUCUAAACGCCACCCCGGGUGACCAUGUUGUGCAUCCGCAUUCAUCACAAUCGAUCCACUCUUCUUCACCACCACCACCACCACCACCACCAAACCGAUCUUGGUCAUCACUGUGGGUUGAGUGUGCGGUCCGGGGUAGGUAUGUAUCAUCGUGCCAGUACACCACGAUUCUGAGUGGAUGGUAGUAUACAACCUCUGACAAACAUGUCAUACUGCAGGACACAGUAGCUGCUACUACACAGGGAAAAAAGCAGGAGGGAGAACAGAGUGUGAGGCUCGUGACUGCAAGAAAUACUAAAUUGUUGCAUUGGUCUCUAAAAUCUCACUCACGUCUUCCGAAGCGUUCAACUGUCACCCCCGUUAGCGGGUGCAACCAAAGUCCGAACAGGCCAGCCCCUAGCCAAGCACCUAGCAGAGUACCUUGCCUUUUUGCUGUCAAUCGUCAAAAGGCAAAAUCUCGGUGAUCCUUCCGAACUCACCGCAUAUCCUUUUCCACUCACCGUUGUUGAUCAUCGGCAACACAAGGACUCGUCUUGGGAAAAGCUUCAUCAUCACCAUUGAGUGGCUCAUGCAAAUGCAGGAGCGGCAGUUGGAAAUAUGAUGUCCAGAUCUUGAUUUGUUGCUCUUUUUGAUACUGAGUCGGGAUGAGGGGGGAGGUGAUGCCCCACAAUACCUACCCUGCCUCAACUGAGCCGCCGAGUACAUAUGCAUAAGUACCUGGCUGCUGUGGGCCCGUCGGGAUCUUUUUGUUCUCCGGGUCCUUUUCGAAAAUGUUGUACACCCGAGUUUUUUUGUUUCUCAAGGUUAAUAGUUUUUUUUUGGGGGGGGGGGGACUAAUAACCAAAUGUUCCACUUUGUCCGUGCGGGCUGUUGGUGCUGGGUUGUAUUUUGUUCUUGUUAGUUGGUUGAUUGGUAAAAUGCGUGUUGUUGGUGUUCUGGCCCCCACACACACUUGAUGGACGGGCUUGAUCUAUUAGGUACAGUACACCUUUCUCGAAUGCGUUGACAUGACAAGAGAUAUCGACCGACUACCUAGCAACUAUCACCAAAAACCGGCUGCCAAUGAAUGAGAUAUGUACCUUGACCAAGAGUGUCGGAACCAUCAAGAUACUGCCUGCUCGUACUUAGCCGAGGUUUUGCCCUCGCAUGUCUGAAAUCCGAACCCGAGUCGAUAUCAGGAAUAGUGCAGCCUUUUUACUCUGGGAUAACAUGUCUGGGUUUAGGGGAAUCUCGCAUUUAAUCGAAAAACAGGAACGAUGCUGAAUGAGGGUUGUUGAACACUGAC